UGCGUCUUGGUGGGGAUGUGGUCUGGAGAGCAGCCUGAGAGGGAAAUCCCGGAGUUUCCCAGGAUUCAGCGACCCCUCUGUUCCCCAGGAAGCAGGAGGAAGUGGAGAGUGAAGGCUUUUGGGUGCUGGGAGCUGUCCCCUGCCUGUGCCACCUCACCAGCCCCAUAGAGGGGUGCCAGCCCUGCUGUGCCCUAGGGGGGUUCCAGGCUUUUCCCUGGAGCAGAGCUCCUGGCAGGAGACCUUGGGGCCGGUGCUCUGGAGCUCUGAGGAUGCAGAAAGGCACCUUAAACCCCCUCCUUGGACUGCCCUGCCUCUCCUCUGCCCAGUGGAAGGCAGGAUUUACCUUCCCUGUGCUCUGGAGUGGGCAGGUCUUCCCCGGCCUGGCCCCUGGAGGAGCUCCCAAAUGUGGAGCAGGAGGAUCACGUUGGAUUCCAACAGGAAGGUCCAGCUCCUCCAGCUGGGAGGGACUGAAGGAGGCAUCCAAAAGCAAAGCUGGGUUUGAUGGGAGACCAGGCUGGUGUCCAAGAUUCCCCCAUGAACACAGAAUGGGAAGGAGGAGGUGAAGAGUCACCCGGAAUGGGCUGGACAGGAAGGGUGGGCUCGAGAUGUGACCCAAUCUUUGCUUUAAUAUGAGAAUAAUGAGAGGAAUGGGAGGGUGAAGCAAUGGGCAUUGCAACACCCCUGGUGGACGUAACCCCGGGGUUACUGGUCAAACUGGGGCACCCUCCAGCAUGGCCAGAGCCUGGGGACAUCUCUGUCACCUCCAGGGGACAGGGGAAGGCGUGGGUGGAAGGGCAGCCCUGGGCACGGCGGGGCAGCGAUGCAGAGAGGUUGGGCUGAGGGCAGGUCCUGCCCGGUGAGGCAGGAGGGCUGGGCUGGUCCCAGCAGAGGUGACACCUGCCCAGGAGUGGCCUGGGGUGACUGGGAGACCCCCGAGACCCCCGAGACAACCCGCUGGGGUUGUUAUGGGGAGGCACAAGGGGAUCUCGCUGCUCCCAGCUCCUGGCCCGAGGUCAGGGCUGAGCCGAUGGCCCUGGGCAGCAGCACAGGGAUGCCCCUCCUUCCCCACCCCUGGAGGUGUCCCAGGCCGGGUGGGACGGGGCUUGGAGCACCCUGGGAUGGUGGGAGGUGUCCCUGCCAUGGCAGGGCUGGCACUGGAUGGGCUCUGAGGUCCGUCCCACCCAAACCCUCCCAGAAUUCUGGGAUUCCCUGAUCUGGGCCAUGGACCAGCAGGGCUGGGAGAAGCUGCUGGGGGCUGACACCAGCCCAGUGUCCCUGCUGUGACAAGGACUUGGUUCCAGGAGUUUCCAGGGGGCUGGCCUGGAUCCUGCAAGGCACCAGAGCAGGAGGAGAGGUUAAUUACAGCCUGUGCUAAUUGCACCCGUGAAAACACCUCAUGCAACACAGCUCCUGGCUGCCAACUGGGCCAAGGGCUGGCACCUCCUGCAGGCUGGGCUGGCAGUGGGGGGUGGCAGAGCCCGGCCCCCCAGGCACUGUGGGACCCUGGGGACAGAUGCUGAGCUUUGGGAGGGGAAGGACAGAGGGGCUCCUACUGCCCAAAUUGAGCAAGGGAUGGGGAGCAGUGGUGCCUCAUUCCUGCUGUCAUUCCAGGUGGGAGAUGUCUUCCAAUACUUUGAUGCUCUGCAGGGUGAGGUUUGGGUGCCAGCAGGUGACUGUGCCCAGCCUGGCUGGGGUGAUGGCCAUGGACCAGGAGCAGCUCCUGCUGUCCCCACCAGCCGAGACUCCCUUUCUCAGGGCUGGCAGCCCCGUGGCCAGGAGAGGUUCCUGGGACAGGGACACUUUUGUGAGCAGCAGGUCUGAGCUCCCCAAUUGAGAGUCACUGCCAUGGCUUUCAAUAGCCCAGGAGGUGACAGCGGUGACAGCUCGGGUGACUCAGGGUCCCCGUGUGACUCAUGGCCACUCUCCACCCUUGGGUGGGUGUCCCGCUUCCACCUGAGCCACUCCAUCCUGGGGAUGAGAUCCACAGCGAGCCUUCCCCUGGGCCAGCCCCGGCCGCCCACGCAGGAUCCUCCUGAUUCACCUGCCCCGCUCCCGGCAGCCUCGGCCACUCUCCCGGCCCGGCCCGGGCUGAGCUCGGGGCGGCACCAUGGACCUGCUGCUGCUGCACGGGCUGCUGCUCCUGCCCCUGGCAGCACUGCUGCUCUACAGGUGCAGCCCCCGCUUCCAGUUCCUCUGCAAGGUGGCCUUUUUCAACUGCUGGAUCGUGGCCUUGGCCACCCUGCUGUCCCCCUUGGCCGCCCUCCGGGGACGCUCCGUGGAGAACAUGAGGCUCCUGCGGGCCGCGCUCCUGCCCCUCAAGCGCUUCUACGGCAUCAGGAUGGAGGUGAGGGGCUCCGAGCGGCUGCGGCUGCCGGGGCCCUUCGUGAUCGUCUGCAACCAUCAGGCUUCCCUCGACCUCAUGGGAAUGGUGGAGGUGAUUCCCGAGCGCUGCGUGCCCAUCGCCAAGCGGGAGCUGCUGUACCUGGGCACGGUGGGCUGGGCCUGCUGGCUCAGUGGCAUCAUCUUCAUUGACCGCCACUGCAGGGACACGGCCAUCGAGGUCAUCUCCCGCACCGCCAGUGCCAUGCGGCAAGAGAACCUCCGUGUGUGGGUUUUUCCAGAAGGCACCAGGAACCCGGGCAAAUCCAUGCUGCCCUUCAAGCGUGGGGCUUUCCACCUGGCCGUGCAGGCCCAGGUUCCCAUUGUCCCCAUUGUGAUCUCCCCGUACUGGGACUUCUUCAGCCCCAAGGAGAAGAGAUUCACCUCUGGGACCUGCGCCAUCCAAGUCCUCCCCAGGGUGGAAACGUGGGGCCUGAGCCCAAAGGACGUCCCCAAACUGACCGAGAGUGUCCGCCAGGCCAUGGCUGAGGCCCUGGCUGAGAUGUCCAUGGGUGACCACGGGGACCAGAACAUGGAGCAGCCUCUGCUGGGGCUAGGGGAGGACAGGGACAGCCCCCAGGGCCAGGGGGACACAGCCAGGAGCAGGAAAUAGGCAGAGGGAGUGAGUCCCUUGGGAACACUAAGGAGGUGUCCCUUGUCCCCUGAGGAGGUGUCCUGCAGCCCUGCCACCACCCCAGCAGGACGGUGCCCUAAGGGGAGCAGAGCGGGGCAGGAUGGGGACCAGGCAGCACCCCCAAAACAGAGCAAAGUGCCCCCAAAACAGAGCAAGGUGCACCCUAAAAGAGAGGAAGGUGCCCCCUAAAACCCCUCGUUGUGACUGUGCAUCCCCUGGAUGUCCCUCUUCCAGACCUGGAGCUGUGGCUGUCCCCCUGGAGCUGUGGCUGUCCCCCAGGAUGACUCCUGCCUACUUGCUGGGCAGGGCAAGGAUGCUCCAGGCAGGGCUGGGGGUUCACAGCCCCAUUUUCCACCCCUGAUUGUUGGGUUCCCCCAUGGAUUCUCCUUCCAGAGGCUCCUACAAGCUGGAAAUGCUGUUUGGGUGCAGCCAGCUCUGGGGAGGGGCCCAGAGUGUGCAGCCUGGGGGAUACACGAGAUCCAGGGG